GUCCAAGGAGAGCCAGCUUGCGAGCACAAAGGAUCUGCAAAAUUAAUGUUUUUAUUAGAUGCAAAACCUUUAAAAUGUCCGCCGUGAGCCAAAACUCUUGUGUGGAAACGCCAAAGGCGCCGGAAUGGCUGUCGAAGCUGGAGAGCCGUCGAGAGCAGCUGAAGCGCUCCAAACUGGGACACGAAGCCGGAGCUGGAGCUCCGUGCGCCGAGUGCAAGGAUAAGUGCCCUGGACUGGAUUUACAUUUCUGGCGGAAGGUCUGCCGCAACUGCAAGUGCCCAAAGAACCAGCAUGUUUGUCCGGACGACGAUGACGCCACCGGCUGGGCACAGUUCGAGAUUCUGGGACAGAUUAGGGCCAAGCCAGCGUAUAUUAAGAUCAAAGCCCUGGCCAGUCAACCGGUGCAGCUGGAGUGGGUGCCACCGAAUGCUGCUCCCGAUGUGGUCACCGAUUACAUGGAGAAGCUGGGCACUGCCCAAAUACCGGUGGCCGGAAGUGACGCCGCUUUGAAGAGGAAACUACAGCUUGAGCUCCAAGUACCGCCGCACGAUCUGGAUGCCGCUUUGUGCGAUGGAUUGACGGAAACGGAGGCCAUCCAGCUGCAGCAGUACGUCCAGAAAUUGCGCGAGCAGUGCGUCGGCCAGGGCGUGGUAGUGCGCCUAGGAGAUCGUCUCAACCAUGCUCAAGUGGAGCACGUUUUUCCCGUUUCGACGACUUCCCAGGAGGCGUCAAGAACCUGGCAAUCGCUGGGUCUCUCACCGGUGGCCGAUGACACAUUAAACGAACUGCUGGCCAAUCCUAAGGUAGCCCAGGCCCUGGCAGGUCCAGCCAGCGCCCAACCCAAACUUUUUGUGGCCUUUUCAGAGCCUUUGUCCGAUUCGGCAGUUCAUUUCGAGGAAAACGGAGCUCUGCGGGCCCAGACCAGGGAAAAGCUGCUGGGCAUCAGCAAGCCGGCCUUGCAGAGCCUUGUGAGUCAUGGCGUUGUCUAUGACAAGGUUCUGGGAAUACUACAGGAAAAAAAGCUGAACAUCUCGAGAGAUCCCAAACUUGGGCCCAUCGCUGAGUUCCGUAAGGAGUAUGUUAGCAAUCCGCAGUUCAGAGCAGAGAUCAAUACCAUCUGCCCGCAGCAGCCCAUGACGCCAAUGAAAUCCUCUCCAGGCACACCAUUCAACUCCCCGUUGCCGGUGAAGAAUCCAGUGCAGAUAAGAUUCGGAGCACAGAUGCGCCAGGAUACGCCCAUGCGGCGGGUCAAGUUUGGUGGCGUCUCCACCAUAGUUUACGACUGCGGACUGCCCGCCAAUACGGACUACGAUCGUGAUCCAGUCUUUGCACAGAUCCUUCAGGCGGAGCCGCUCAAACAGGCGCUGCAGGAAGCGCGCGCUGGACGUGCUCCCUCCUCGGUGGUUAUUUCCCAUAUCCCGGCUCCGGUUGCAAGUCUUGCGGAGCUGAAAGGUCUUACUCCGACCACUAAGGCCCAGCUCCAGUCCGUGGGACUCGAUAAGAACAUGCUACAAUCCGCAGUUUCCAACGCGCCGUAUUAUGACCGACUUUUCCGCUCGCUGCAGGACAAGGGCAUCUCCCAUGACCAAUGCCAGCUACUGCAGCCACUGAAACAAGUGCACGACUGGCUGCUGGACGACGAUCAGUUGCUGGACGAGAUCGACAAGGUCUUUGCCGACAUGGCCAAUGGCUGCAAGGACAUUUCGUAUCCGAAACCCGGUCUAGGCGAGCUACCCACAUCCCACAGCAGUGAUUCUGGCUUCCACUCGAAACCCCCAACUCCAUGUUAUGGCAGCGAAGAUCUAACCCCAGGACAGGGCAGAUUCACCACCAUUCCCGGCAUUGAGGACAUGAACAUGUACCCAAGCUGCGCCGGCAUGCCGGAGCAGUUCCAGCAACUACGCCUUCACGGGGAGGAGUCUUCAGGCAAAGAGCCUGAGCGGACCAUUUUGUGCGCUGACUGCAGCAAGCCAAUCGCCUAUGGCGAAGUGGCCGUCAAGGCGGAUCGAGCUGGAAAGGAGAUCGCCUGGCACCCCGGCUGCUUCAAGUGCAACACAUGCCGCGAACUCUUGGCCGACUUGGUCUACUUCUUUCACCAAGGACAAGUUUUCUGCGGUCGCGACUUGGCCAUCAAGCUGAAGAUCCCGCGAUGCCGCGCCUGUGACGAGCUGAUUUUCACCAAGGAGUACACGGCAGCCGAGGAAGCAACGUUCCACAUAAAGCACUUCUGCUGCUAUCAGUGCGAUGAGCCUCUGGCCGGACAGCAGUACAUCGCGGAUGAGAAGUCCAACAUGCCUCUGUGUUUGCUCUGCUAUGACCGAUUGUUCGCCGUUUGCUGCCAACGCUGUAAGAUAGCAAUUGGACCGGCGGACCAAGGCGUGGCUUGGGGCGAUGUCCACUGGCAUGCCAACUGCUUUGUCUGCGCCGGAGUGGAGUGCUCCAAGCCGCUUAUUGGAGGACGCUUUUGCGUCAAGGAGAACAUGCCCUUCUGCAGCCCAACCUGCGUCCGCAGCUUGAUUAAGUGAGCAGCUAAGCAGUCACAACAAUAUUUUCAUAUUUUUAUACACAAUCAAAGACACGAUCAUCGGUUUAUGAUGAUGCACACAAUAUUUAAUAACCAGCUAGUGAUCAAUACAUGCCACAGACUCAAAGUGCCUAGAAUAGACUUGCAUUUAAAAAAAAGCCUAAUUGCAAUUUAUGAUGUCAAUCAAAUUGGAAGCAUCAGUAGUAGAAGUAUUGACUGCUGUUAUUAAAGGUUGUUCCAUUUCCGUAUUUUAUCCAACUACACUUUUAAAGUUUUUGAGCCGACUAAUUUGUUUGGCAUCGUAAACAGGAAUUAGGCCAAAUUAUUUACAAUUCCAACCGCUUUUGCGUGCCAAUAGACCAAGUAGAACAUAUAAAAAUUUUUCUAUAUAUUUAAAUACAAUAUAUUUACGUAUUGCAAUGAAAGCGCA